AAACGUCACACAUAGUUAUCGAUAUUUUGUUCUGACAGUACACUAUGAGUACACAUAAGGUAAUUUUCUACUAUAUUUUUCGGUCGGCUAUUGGCGAUGCUUCCGCGAGGAAUAUGUCAUCUUCUGCUGACAUACUCUUUUUUUAUUAAUAUAUAUAUGAACUUCAAAAUUUCCAACGUUUCUCAAAACAACUUUUUUUAUGAAAUAUUGAUAAUUUUAACGCGUUUUUCUUGAAAUUUGAGUGUUUUCAAUGCAAGGAAGGCGUAAUAAUAUAAAUGUAUAGGUAUAGAACAGGUAUGGUAUUACGAAUAUAUAGACUGCUGUUUGUAUCAAAUUGUUUUCUUUUUUAUAUUCUGCAAAGAUAAAAACUAUCGAAUUUUUCCAUGAUGUUUACAGAGAAACGUCACAGCUGCCAACCUCCCCACCCCCAAACGAACAUAUGACGUUUCUCGUGGAAAAAAUCGAUAUGUGAGGCUUCCCUUAAUCAAACGUUCGGGAGUAGUCGAAAACAUUUCGAGGUUGGUAAAUUGUGUUACUGUAGUCUGUAUGCCAAGGGGAUUACGUUUGUAGCCAAUUUUUAAGUUUCUUUAAUUUAUAAAAUAAUAAUAAAAAACCACGAAAAUAAUAGCAGAAAAUAAUUAUAGCAGACGCAAUGUAUACAAGCUGUUUUUGUUCUUCAAUGCGCCAUUGCUAAAACUAAUUAUUGGAGUAUUUUUUAAACUUAAUUCUUAAAUAAUAUCAAUGACAGUGUUCCUUUGUAAUUUCCACACCUGUUUUGUUUAACAGAAAAUUAACGCAAAGAAGUACCGUUUUUAGAUAUUUCUAGAAGCUUACUAAUUUAGUUUUGAUUAUGGAGAAAAGUUGUCCAUUUGUUGUCGUUGGUGGAAUUUCUUGUGGUGAAAGUCGUGGAUUACAGGAAAUUAGUUGCUUAUUUGAUUUUAAGGAAGAUAUGAGUGUUCAACUAUAGGACUGUCAUCUUUCUAAAUCGAACUUGAGAGAGAACGAGUUAAUUGCUAUUCGCGCGGGAAUGUUCAAUCUUACCGAAGACCAGUUUAAGAUGAUAUUUAUUUGUCCGUCCCACCAUCAUAAUUUGGGACGAUUUUGGAGGCCGCUAAGACCGUGCCUGCAGUAUUCCCUCCAUUCGAGUCCUGUUCGUAAGUGUACAGGAAGAGAUGUUUUCAAUGUGUCAUUAUCAAAAACAGUUUUUACUCUUUUAUGGGAAAUUAAGUCAAAUAUAGGAUCUCGUAAGUAUUACGCUACUUUUACUUCUUCAAGUGUUGUAAUUAGUACUUUAAUGACGCAGGGGAAACUGGAGAUAACUAUCGUAAGUUUACGUGUUCUUCAUGAAGGAGAAUGCGUAAGUUUACGUGUUCUUCAUUUUGAGGCGAAACGGCACAAAGAAAAAUACUUGUGGAAAACUUGUGGAAAAUGCUUGCUGAGAUCGACGUAUGCCAUCCUAUAUACCACGACGCGUAUGAUUUAUGUGACAUGUACAAACAGAAGAGCCUAUCUGUUUUUAAAAUAACGAUGCUGAAAGAAAUUUGUGCGCACCUUGAACUUCAGUUCAAAUCAAAGGAUAAAAUACAGACUCUCAUAGAUAAAAUAUCAUCCAUGAUUGGGCAAUGCACAUGUUUCCAAAUAAAUAACUAAAUUGUGCAGGUGCGGACAAAUACUCCCAGACUAACUUGCACAUGUCGAGAGAUGUCAUUGUUCUUGGUCCGCGAGCGUGUGGAGCCUGGAACAGUAUCGUUAACCCAAAUCAAGUACCAAAAACGCUGCAUACAAACUACGAUAUUCUGUAAUUUUUAUUGCUAUAAUUUAUACUACUUAGUACUAUUAUGAGACAAAUCAAAUUUUGCCGAAAAAUACCAAUUGAAGUUGAAAGUUAUUCACAGAAUGGCGAUUAGCUGCAAACUACUGUAAAAUUAUUAUUAUUAUAUUGCUGUAUAGAUUAAAGUAAAGAUAAAGGACAGAUCUCAGUAUACGUCGCAGCCGUAGUCAAUGUCAAUGCAACUAAGAUCGUUUUAUACGAUGAAUUGAAUCGUUUGCAUGAAAGGACAAAAAUUCUGCCAAAUGGGCGAUGCGGAAAACUUUUAACAGAAUAUAAUAACAAGUUCAUGGAUUUAUUAAUUCGAUGCGAUGUUACGGCAACACACAUUUUCGACAUUGGCAUUGUACACCUCAGGGCCGUAGGAACCGGGGGGGGGGGGGCUGCAGCCCGCCCCCCCUCCAAUAAUUUCCUAAUAAUCAUUCUUUUUUCAAAAUCAUGCAGACCUUUAUCAUUUAAUCCAUGACUGCAAAGAAUGAAGAUAUUACCCAUAUUUUCCUGCAACUUAUCCAAUAUAUAGUUAAUUAAAUACGCAUUCGGCCAUUUAGUACUACUAAAUUGUAAAUUUCGACAUACUAAAACGCUGUUUUCUGACAAUCAGAAUUCUGUCAAAUCUUCCCCAAAGUCCAGGAAAUGGUAUUUCAGAGACUCUAAAUUUAAAAAUUUCCUCGGGCUUUCGACCCCGCUUUCAGCCCCCCCCCCCCAAUCGAAAAGAGCUUCCUACGGCCCUGUACCUGUCGGGUCAUAAGGGAUACAACGUCCUAGACGAAUUUAUUUCUUCUGAUCGUUUUGGACCUCAAAGAUCCGUCGCAUUUCAUCGAUCGAAUUAAACUUUUCUGAGUUAAAUACAAUGAUUGUGCAAUAUAUUAGUCGCUAUAAAAACUCCGAGAGCAACCUUGAACGUGUUUCCGGUUAUCACAAAGGUAAACAAUAUAGCUAUUUAUAGCAAAAAUUUAUGAAUUUUGCACUCCUUCAUAUUCCUUUUGCCGACAAGGUUUAUUGCGAAUAACAUAACUUUAAGUAUUCUACUUUAACCCUAAAAGCGUUUUAGACACCAGGUAGGUUGCACUUUUGAGAAUUUUUAGUUUGAAUUUUAUACCUAAUCAUUAGUUUUUGGCGAACGAAAAUUCCGACUUCCUCGGAUGGAGACUAGUUGGCUUAAAAUAAGAUGUACAUUCAAAUUCUCUCAACAUUCUAAAAGAAGAAGAAUAUGUCUCAAUACGCUGAAAAAAGUUUUUAAUUUGACGCGAAUCUUCCCGAGUUAUGAUGCACAAUUUAACACAUAUUUGACCGCCGUUUUCGGGGUCAAAUUUCAGUGUCGCUGACGUCCAGACAAAAAUUCGUCAUAACUCAAAAAAAAAGAAAAAUUUAGAAAUUCUAAUAUUAGUUUAAUACCUUUUAGGACAAAGGUAGUUCAUGGUAAAAAUAUAAAGGAAAUCUAAUUUUUAACCUGAAACUCUCUGCAUGGUUCUUAGUGAGACAGCCACUUAACACCGUUCCCGAAAGUCUUUUCGUCGUUCACGGUUCAUAAGUCGAUGACCAAGGCGAAUUUUUUAUCCUUGUAAAAUUUAAUCAGGGAUUGCUGACUGUUUGCAUCGGUACCAAAAAGCCGUUUGGCUUCUUCGUACAUUCGUGUUUUCGUCAUCUCAUUUUAAUACUGACACUAGGUUGUUACUCAAGUUUCAUGCCCAUUGGCAAUCUUCAGACAACUAAAAGUUCUAAAAAUGUCUAUAAUCAGGGCCCCAUAUAUUCUAAAAAUAUCCAUAACACCCUGCCCCACAUAUUGGGGAGGGGGUCAUAUACAGUAUACAGUAUAUUGACCGCAAGUCUGUCUAUACUAUUAGGCAAUGCCAUGCAUGGAUAUAUGGACUUUUAUGGGUAAAUAUUAAUACAUGUUCAGGAAUCAGGCCUAACCUUCAGCGGCUGCAUAGCAUGCCUCUGUUGGCCUCUGGCGGUAAUUCUGUCAGGUACAGCUCUCUAACCAAUUGAACCACAGAGUCCAUGAACUUGAACAAUGAAAUGAGUCUGGCUAAUAAUACUGUGAGCCACUCUGCAUCUGGACUCAGAGAUACAUGAGCAUGCAGUUAAUGCUUGGCAACUGAUCUCUGUAGCUUAGUUAAAGCACUGCACCGGAUUCAUGCAGGUUAAUUGAUUCCUGUCAAAGCAAUUCAGAUUCCCAACAAUUUGGUAAUGAAUUCGGGCUGGCUUCUUCACUGUAUCAAAGGGUCAAUAGUUGUAUUUUUUAUAACAUGUCUCUAAAAAGUCUAAAAGUUUAUAAAAUUUAUGUUCCAAAUUUCCAUCUAUUAUUAUUAUUAUUAUUUAACAAUAUUUCUGUUGGAAGCUUCACUCAUUAAAUGUGGACAAAAACCUUUGUCAAGUGAGAUGACCAAAAUCCUUAAUGUAUUAUUAAUAUGCACGAAUUGCAGCUAAUGCUGAGGAACUUGGUUGGCAAUGCCACGGCCGUGGGUUCAAUUGCUACCAGAGGACCUUGUGCUGCAUUUUUCGCAGUCGUUCCUGGUCAGGUCUUAAAAUGUAUAUAUAUAUACUCACUUGGAUUACAAACCCUAAGAACAGCAUUCAAAUAUUAAUACCACCAAGUGAAGUGCAAGAAACCAGAUCAUUGAAGUCCACCUUAUCUCAACGCACACACCCGAUCACCUAUAUAUAUAUAUAUAUAUACAUGAACUUACGGUUAUAGCUCAACAACUGCAUCCUCUGUAGGUCAGUUGGUUAGAGCGCUGCACCGGAAUCGCAGGGCCGUGGGUUCAAUUCCUACCAGAGGACCUUGUGCUGCAUUUUUUGCAGUCGUUCCUGGUCAGGUCUUAAAAUGUAUAUAUAUACUCACUUGGAUUACAAACCCUAAGAACAGCAUUCAAAUAUUAAUACCACCAAGUGAAGUGCAAGAAACCAGAUCAUAUAUUGAAGUCUACCUUAGAUAUUUGCCUUUUUAGACUACUUCAUACUUUACCUAUCACCUGCAUGCAGCUUAGACUCGGUAACUCAUUCAUUAGGUAUAUAUGUUUAUAUCAUAGGACUGGUCUUAUAUUCACAAAAUGGUGUACUAAUAAAAAACUAAUUUAAACUAAUUAUAAACUGAAUAUAUAGUGAGGUUAUAGAGUAUUCCUCGCCUGAUUUUUUACGGCCAAUGUUUAGAAAUACUAUGCCUUAAUACCUCAAUAAAAUAGACCUUAAUAAAAUAUACUUUAAUAAAAUAUAUGCAAAUAACUAAAAUAUAUAUCUUUAUCAAGCAGCAAUAGAAUCCAUGUGUAGACUUCACAUUUGAUCAAACGUGACGGCGCUAUAUACUGUAUUAUAGCAUCAGUUUUUUAUGGUGAUAAGUCAUGCUUGUAUUGUAAAAACAAAUGAUUGGUAUCGCGCGGUAUAUUCAUUUGUUGCUUAAAGUGGUCGCUGCCACCAAAGUCGCAUACCAAAUCUUUAAACGUGUAGUUAUAUAAUUAUUAUUAGGCAACUGUUCUUUUGAAGCCGCCGAUUUUAGUCAAAUACAGGCUUCUCGUUUGCUGCGCUCACUCUUGAGAUAUCAUGUUCAACAGUCGAAACAAAUCUGGUAUUUCCGAGCAUCCAUGAGAUUAUUCUCUAUGUUAUAUAGGCAUGGAUAAGAAUGCUAUGUGGAUACACAUAAUGGUAUAAAUAAUGCAAAAACUGAUGUUAAAAUCGACAUACCGUAUAUUGUUCCAUUUGAUUUCGACAAACAGGAAUGUAGGGACAAAUAUUUGAAACACCAAACCCUCUGCCUGUUAUGCGGUUUGUAGAAAACCUGGCGUACAAAACAUUUUAUAUUUGAUGUGUAUUCAAGGUUGACAUUGAAUGAUAUCCUCUCAUAUUUUUAUUAAUUUAAGUUCCUUUUACAACGUUUAUAGAUCUUUCAAAGCUUCCAAAUCAUGAGGCGCACAAGGAAAAUAUACAAGAUUCAAAGUCCAACGGUUUUCACGAAAUUUGAUUCUUGGCGACGCCAAUACACGCAGUGAUUUGAUUGGCGCACUACACGGUUAAACGCUUUCAGUGAUUGAUUGAGAUUUUAGAGAUUUAUUCAGGAACUGCACUAUUUACAAAACAAAGAAAAUGUAUACAAAAUUUUACAAAUAAUUAUGUUUUGAAUGAAUAAUUUCAAGUUAAUUUGAUAAAGUGAAGGUGCGUAGUGAUCAAAGGAGCAUAAACUGUCGAGUUGAUCACUACCUACGUUCGAUCAUAUAGAUUAUUUUAUAUGUUGAGCUUAAAUAAAGAAACUCAGAUACAUAUGUACACAUAUACACAUACAUAUACACAUAUAUAAUAUACAUACACAUAUAGACUCAAGUCUCAAUAACAUUUUUCAUUGAUUUUUUAGAAGGGCAGCUUUAUAUCUUUUCUUAAAGAUUUCAAAUGAAGGCGAAUUUUUUAUUUUCAAUUUAAUAGACUCCCAUAUUUUUGAUGCAACAAAUUGAAAAGUGUGCUUUCCAUAAUUUGUCUUGACCUUUGGCCUUACAAAAUUUAAUUUUGAAGCAAAUCUUGUAUUAUAACUGUGUUGUUGGUAUGCUGGUCUCACAAACUCUAAGAAGAUAGACGGAAUAUUUGAUCUUCCAUUAACUAUUUUAUAACUAAACUCUGCAAUUUUUAGCUUAAAUAUGUUUUCAAAUUUAAGUAUUUCCAUGAGGUUAUAAUACGGAGUAGCACUUUCCCUGCUAUAUGCAAAGAACAUAUUCCUUAGACACUUAUUUUGUUUGGUACUAAUUUUCGUUAAACUAGACUUGUAUGUAUUUCCCCAACUCAUUACUCCAUAAUUUAAAUAAGGAUAAAUAAGUGUGUAAUAUAAUUGCUUUAUCAUUUUUAAGUCUAAAUAGUGUCGAAGUUUAUUUAUAAUUCCAAUAUUUUUAGCUAUUUUAUUAUAGACAUAUUUUAUUUGUUGUUUCCAAUUGAUAUGUUCAUCCAGAGAAACCCCAAGUACUUAAUAAAACCUUUUUGUUCAAUAUUAUCAAUUUUUAUGCUGUUUAGUUUCUUUCUCGUUGAAGAUAUUACCAUAUAAUGAGUCUUCUGAAAAUUUAUAGAUAAUUUAUUUAUUGCACAAUAGUUACGUAUUAACUUAAAUUGUUCAUUCAUUGUACUUUCCAAGUUCAACAAAUUUUUACAGGAAUAAAAGGCGUUAGUAUCAUGAGCAAAUGUACGUGUCGUGAAAUAGCGACAGACGCCAAAACACUAAUGAUUUUAAUAUAAUCAUAUAGAUAUUGAAUUACGCGCUUGUCUUUGGAUAACACAGAUCUAGAACAUGUCAAUGUACAAAUAUUAGUAAUCACUCAUACUCGAACGUGAUUGGUUAGAAUAAUUUGCUUAGGGGUAAAAUUACAUUCGUGCUUUGGACACAUUAUUAUUGUAUUUUUAUGUUUGUAUAUAGUCUUGAACUGGCUCGCGUUAUGGGAGUUACAAAUUGUAAUUAAGUAAAUAUAUCAUUGAAACUAUUGCGUGAAUCGUCCAUUAUUAUUCAGAACUUAUUCAUUGAAAGAACCUCCGCUUACGGUUCUCGAUUGUCGUUGAGACGCCAAUACACAACGCAAGUUAAUAAUACGCACAAACGAGAGACGAUCAAGACAUUGGUGCCGUGACCAGGAUGGACGAUCUUAAACGCGCAAAGAUAACUCGACGCGCUCAACGAGCCCAAACAACAAAGACGUGGAAUAAAGCAGAAACGUUAAUGAAUGACGAGAUCAACGAAACCAACAUUCAACGACUACAAGUUGUGCUACAGACAUUCGACACGAAAAUCGAACAAUUGAAAAAGCUCGACGAGAAUAUAUCGUGUAAAAUCGAGACCGAGAAAGAACUGGAAAGCGAGAUCGUGGAAGCAGACGACUAUCUAAGUGAGCUAAUGGAUAAAAGGUACCGAAUACAAUUUUUUAUAAGUGCUAAACAAGCCACUACGGCAAGUCCUAACAACACGCUGUCUGCGGCGCAAAACUAUAAUCAAGGAGAACAAUUGGCCUCUCAAGGUCACACUUACUCGCCGCAAUUGAACAAUUCGAGUGCGCAUAGAUUACCUAAGUUAGCCCUGCCGAUAUUCAAUGGAAAUCCACUAAAAUGGCAAACGUUUUGGGACUCGUACAAAGCUGCAGUUCAUGAUAAUAAAUCUCUAUGUGACAUACAAAGAUUCAAUUAUUUAAAAGCGCAUCUGGCGGAAGAAGCGGCUAGAUCAAUCGAGGGUUUACCACUAACAGACACAAACUACGCACAGUCAGUCAAGAUACUAGAAGAAAGAUUUGGUCAACCACAUAAAAUCACAAACGCACACAUGCAAGCAUUGUUAGACCUCCCUAAUCCACCUGAGUCCGUAACUAGUUUACGUGGGUUUCACGACCGCAUGGAAAAUCACGUCCGAAGCCUUGAAGCUUUGGGGAAAACACAAGACUCCUACGGUGAUCUCCUAGUGCCCGUUAUCUUGAGCAAGCUUCCGACCACUGUAAAACACAAUCUUAUUCGAGAACAUGGAACCACGGACUUGAGUUUAGAACAAUUGCGCAAAGAUAUUUCGAAGGAAAUCCUUAUACUCGAGGCAGGUGAAGAGACAAAUAAACUUAACAAUUUAAGUCAGUCACCUGAUACCCUCCCUUCCAUCUCCAGUUUAUUAACGAACACUAGCAGAUACAAAAACCUUGGGGGAAAUUUCAGUAACUCAAAGUUUAAAACACCACCUAACCCCUCCAAACCGAAGGCGUGUACUUUCUGUAAUGGAUCUCACAAACCGAACGACUGUACGGUAGUAAGUGAUCCUGCUGCACGAAAACAAAUUGCGUUUCAGGCGAACUUGUGUUUCAACUGCCUUAAUAACCAUCGCGUGUCACAGUGCAAAUCCAAAAACCGCUGCAGACAAUGUCACCAGAAACACCAUACAAGCCUUUGUGUAGGGAAUAAAGAGCGCCCAGAACAACAAAAACCUGAUCCAAACGCGCGUCAAAACAUCAAAGACAAGGACAGAAACGUGCAAUGUAUGUGUACCAACGGCGGCGACGUAGCUCAAACAACCAACACAAGCGAACAAACAUCUGGUAACAACACCUCAUCAGCAUCCGUUACGAACCUUCAUACCAACCUAUCCGACAACAAGUACUCCCACCGAUGUACCUUACUGAAAACAGCAAUAGCCACCGUACAAUCCCGAAACAGAGCCGCAACCGCACACAUCCUGUUCGAUGAAGGUGCCCAACGUUCUUUCAUAACCGAAGAAUUAGCAAACAGUCUCAACCUCGUGCCAGAAAGGACAGAACUUUUACACCUAUCAGUCUUCGGUGGCGCCCAGACAUCAGUGAAAAGAGUCGAUAUCGCAACCGUACAUCUACAAACAGACACUGGUGGAAUUAUCCCAAUCCAAGUAGUAAUCAUCCCAGUGAUUGCUAUACCACAAAAGAACCAUAUGACCACUGACAUAUAAAAUCUACCUUACCUCAAGAACCUCAAGCUAGCUCAUCCCGUCACCAGCGAUGACCAAUUCGAGAUCUCUCUCCUCAUUGGUGCAGACCACUAUUGGGACGUGGUAGAAGACAAGAUUGUUCGGGGAUCUGGACCUACUGCCGCCAAAUCAAAGAUUGGCUACCUACUGUCUGGACCAACUGCCAUUCCCUACCCACCAUCAGAACUCACCGCUACAGUCCUCAAGGCCAUCGUUGCGACAGAACGGGAAGAAGAAAUGUUAGAACGGUUCUGGAACUUGGAAUCCAUAGGCAUUUUACCUGAUGAAACCGAGAAAAAAGAAAGAGAGUUCGUUGAAGACUACCAAAAUUCCUAAAUUCACCUUGAAAAUGGACACUAUAAGGCUAAGUUGCCUUCGAAACCUAAUCACCCACCACUCCCUACAAAUGAAGCAAUAGCAAAAGGACGAACCCGCUCCACAGUACGACGGCUUGCCACAGACCCCGAAAAGCUGAAAGCAUACAACCAAAUCAUCACUGAACAACAACAACGUGGAUUUAUCGAGAAAAUCCCCGAUUCCGAAAAGUUCCGAAGCAGAUGUCACUACCUUCCACACCAUGCUAUCUUGAAAGACUCCUCCACCACUCCACUCCGUGUCGUCUUUGACUGCAGCUGCAAGACAAACGAUAGUCAACCAAGCUUGAAUGAUUGUUUAGCUACUGGUCGUCCACUCUUAAACGACCUCACCGCGAUCCUCAUUCGAUUCCGCUGCUAUCGGUAUGCCUUGACUGCUGAUAUCGAGAAGGCAUUUCUCCACAUAAUUCUGGACGAGGAAGAUCGGGAUGCCACACGAUUUUUCUGGAUAUCGGACCCAAAGGACCCGGAAAGUCCAUUUGACGUCUAUCGUUUUAAGUCCAUCCUAUUUGGUGCUUCGUGUUCACCGUUUAUCCUAAAUGCGACCCUCAAGAAACAUCUCGACAGUAUUCACAACCCAGUCGCUGAGAAAAUGAAGACCGAUAUUUAUAAUGAUUUAUAUUGACAACGCAGUGAAACCAUUGGAAACAAAAACACGCUCGAAGGCGUUCAGAAGUCGACAUCAUUGUCGAACGAUGACAAAGACAAAGACAAAAACAAGGCAGAAAACCAAACUGUAGCGGUCAACUUCCCGACCGAAGUGCCCUAGCUGAAAAUGAUCUGAAAUUUACUAAUUCUGUAUGUUGUUGUCGUGAAGUCGUGUCACAACUCAAGCGUAUCGAAGGUGAUAUACAGCAACUUAAAAACCGAACUGAUUCUUAUAAAGGAAAAGAAAAUUCACGGCCAUGUAAAUUUAACACAUGUGAAAGCGAAAAGGCUAAUCUGAGAAAUAACUUGGAAGAAGCAAACAACAUAAUAAAAGAUCUGAGAGCGAAAGUUGAAUAUUUAGAGCACGAGAAGGUCAAUCUCGCUACGGCCUUGGCUCUUCAACAAAGGACUAUCAAGCUUGUUUGAAUAACUUAAACCAACCGAAUAACAUCACAGCUGAAAUGUCUAAUAAUUUCGAAACCGUGCAGAAAACUAAAAGCAGCGAUCGAAAGCAGCAAGCAGAUAUAAUUCCAUCAAGUUCCCACAUGCUCAAUAUAGAAAACCGGUUUCAAACCCUGAGCGAUACCUUGGAUAAUGAGUCACAAACAGAGUCUACUGUUCCGCACAAUCUUUCCAAGCGUUAUGAAACAAAGCCUGUAAACAACCAAGAAGAAUCUACGGGUGAGCAUCAAAACAAGCAACAAAAUCUUAAAACGCGUGAAAUCGAUUCGGAUAUCAUUGUUAUUGGCGACUCAAUAAUUAAAAAUAUUCAACCAAGGAAGCUCAGUAGGAAGAAGGUACAUAAGUACACAUUCCCAGGAAAAACCGCCGAAGAAAUCGAAAAGGAGAUCAAUUUCGAUAGUCUAAAAGCAAUCCCAUCUCACGUAAUUGUACAUGCUGGAACAAACAACCUGCCUCUAGAAUCUGCUUCUGAAUGUGCUCAGAAAAUUGAGAAGCUUGCUGCGAAAGUAAAGUCACAAUUUCCCUACUCGAAAAUUGGUCUAUCAGGCCUAACGGCGCGGCGAGAUGUUGCUAUGUCUGAAAAGAUUGAUGAGGUUAAUAAGGAGCUUCAGCAUAUUUAUAUGCAACUGCAUGUCUCGUUUAUUGACAAUACGACUAUAGAUGACACAUGCCUAAAUGGCAGUAAGCUUCAUCUAAAUGCGAAGGGCUCGGCUAUUCUAGCAGUCCAUUUUAUCAAAUUUCUCAAGGGGGGCAGUGCAUCAACCUCUCCAAGUAAACGAAGGCAAAACUACGAGGAUUUUCAGCGAUCGGCAAUUCUGAAACUUGGAGAACUGUUAAAGAUAAUUGUCCCUCCAGACAAGGGCACCCGCACCCGCAGAAGGAAAUAAUAUCGGACUCAUUGAACUGUGAUAUCUUGAAAUCUCCUUGUGAGUCUCAUACUCGCAAGCUACAGUUCCUUUCAUCACUUUAUCAGUUCGAUCAGCUUAUUGAUGAACCCACAAGGAUUACUGGAACAUCAGCAACUCUAAUUGAUCUAAUUCUGACAAAUAAAGAGGAAAAUAUUUCAAAGUCUGUUGUCAUACACCUUGGACUUUCUGAUCACAGUAUGAUUUUCGCUAUUAGAAAACAUUGUAUUCCCAAAUCACGGGAAAAGGUUAAACAUAUUCGUAACUUUAAAAAUUUCAAUGCCAAUUAUUUUCUUACGGAUCUUUCACACAUGCCGUGGGAGAACAUUGCCCAACAUAACAAUUCUAAUGUAUGCUGGCAGGUAUGGAAAUCACUAUACCUCCAGGUCCUUGAUCGACACGCUCCCCUUAGACGUAUGAGAACUCGUGGAAAUUCUCUCCCUUGGAUUUCUUCAGACAUCAAGGGUAUAAUGAGAUCAAGAGACUUCCACAAAAUAAAAGCGGUUAGAUAUAAUUCUCAAAGUCAUUGGACACAAUAUAAGGAAUUACGAAACAAAGUUAAUGCUGAACUAAUUAAAGCUAAAAGAAACUAUUUCUGCAAUAAAAUAGAAGAUUGUGCUCAGUCCAAAGACAUAAAGCAAAGUUGGAAUUUAAUUAACCACCUCAUGGGUAAAAAUGUGAAAUCAAACACGAUAUCCCAACUUAAAACGGAUAAUUCUGUCAUUUCAUACGAUAAAUUGAAAUCUGAGGCUUUUAAUGAUUUCUUUAUCAAUAUCGGGACAAAACUUGCAGCUGAAAUUGAAGAUAAUUCCCUCAACACAAACUCUUUUGCUCGCGGAGAUUCUAGGCCUACUACCGACUCCAAUCUUUUUUUCAAAUUUUCUGAAAUUAACGAGGACGAAGUAAUAUAUCAAUUGCGUAGUCUCAAAAUUUCAAAAUCCACAGGAUUAGAUAACAUCCCUGCUAAAGCUCUUAAAAUAUCCGCGGACAUUGUUGGUCCGCCAUUAACUUGGAUAUUUAACCUUUCGAUCAAAAAAGGAGAAUAUGUGGAUGAAUGGAAAAAAGCCUGGGUUACACCCAUUUAUAAAUCUGAUGACAGGUUGAAAUGCGAGAAUUAUCGCCCUAUCUCGAUACUACCUAUUGUUAGUAAAAUACUUGAGAGAUGCGUUUUUAAUCAAAUUUAUAAAUUUCUUAAUGACAAUUCACUUCUUUCAAAACAUCAACAUGGUUUUCGGCCUAAACAUUCAACUCUCACCGCUCUAACUCAGGUGUGCGAUACUCUUUAUGAAAAUAUGGAUAAUGGUCAAUUGAGCGGCAUUGUUUUUCUUGACAUUCGUAAAGCCUUCGACUCAAUUGAUCAUAAUAUUCUGCUUCAUAAAUUAAAAGAUCAAUUCGGUAUAUCGGAUAUUGAGUUAAGAUGGUUUGAGUCUUACUUAAAUAAUAGGGAGCAAGUUUGUAUUGUUAAUAAUUCAAUGUUAUCGUCGAAACGGAUUGUUUCUGGGGUUCCGCAGGGAUCUAUUUUAGGUCCACUGUUAUUUUUACUCUAUAUCAAUGACCUCCCCGAAUGCCUUCAAAAAACUACUCCUUAUUUAUAUGCUGACGAUACCCAAAUUUGCUGCAGCUCUAACGGUUUGAUUGAACUAACCGAAAACCUUAAUCACGAUCUGAGUAGAAUCGGUGAUUGGCUUUCUAGAAAUAAAUUACAACACCACCCAACUAAGACCAAAAUAAUGUUCAUUGGCUCUAAACAUCAUAUUAAUUCCACAACUUUUGAUCAUCCAGUGAUGUUAAAUAACCAACGCAUCCCCAGAGUUCACUCUUUCACAUGUCUUGGUCUCGAUUUAGAUGAAAACCUUAACUGGAAUUCACAUAUUCAGGCGAUUUGCAAAAAGGUUGGAGCAGGCCUGGGUACUUUGAGACGUAUUAAACCCUUUGUUCCAAUAACCACCCUUCAAACAAUUUAUCGAGCUCUGAUUCAGCCGUAUUUUGAUUAUUGUUCUCCCAUUUGGGGCGUCUGUGAUCAAAAUUUGAAAAAUAAACUCCAAAAAUUUCAAAAUCGCGCAGCCCGAAUCAUUGUCGGUGCAAGUUAUGAGAUUAGAUCUGCUGAUGUUCUUCAAUCUCUUGCUUGGGACAAUUUAGAGACAAGACGACGUACAACCAAAGCAAUAUUAAUGUUUAAAGUCUUGAAGGAUUACGUAGGACCUACGUUGAAAGAAUCCUUGAUAAGACGCAAUCAUAUGCAAACAAAUUAUGAUCUUAGAAAUAGUCAUACAGAUUUGGCUCUUCCUAAGCCUAAAAGAGAAUUCCUAAAAAAGAGUUUUAAAUACAGUGGGGCUAAGCUAUGGAAUAGUCUCUCUAUCGAUACGAAACUGGCAGAAUCAAUGCACCUGUUCAAAAGCCAUUUAAAACUUAACUCUAAUACUAUAUAUAUUUGAAAUAAAUUGUAACUCCGUCUAACCAUAACAUCUGGGGUCACACCAAUUUGUAAAUAGUCUUCUUUUCCCUUAUAUCUUUUGUAAUUUUUAACAUUGUAGACGCCCCCCGUGGAAACCAACGCACCGUUGAUGGGGCUAGUGUCUUUAAAUAAAGUUUUAAUACAAUACAAUACAAUACAAUACAAUUGAUAACCUCGCCACUGGCUCUGACAGUGAGGAUGAAGCAUCUACGUUUCUUGAAAGAUCAAGGCUCAUAAUGUCACCUGUGGGCUUUAAUCUAAGAGCGUGGAAUUCUAACAACCCCACGGUUCGUGCAUCAGCCGCAGACCAAGGCCUUCAAGACAAAGAUCCAGAAACAAAGGUACUCGGGCUUCGAUGGAAUCCUAACACUGAUACACUCCAGUUUCAGCAACGGCAACUACCUAACGACGCCAACAAUAGCAUCACAAAAAGAGAAGUUCUCCGCGAAUCCUCCAAGAUUUACGACCCACUUGGCAUCCUAACUCCAGUAACCAUUCGAGCCAAGAUACUUAUACAAGAACUGUGGAAAGAAGGGUACAGUUGGGACGAAUCUUUACCACAAGAGCUCCACGAAAAAUGGUUGGCACUCUCUAAGGAUUUGCAAACUGCCACACAAACCGAAAUUCCUCGCCGUUACUUCCCCUCUUCAUCAACAUGGCCACCUAGCACUUCCUUCCACGUAUUUGUCGACGCCAGUGUUAAAGCAUAUGGAGCAGCUGCUUAUAUCACUUGUGGUUCCGAAACAUCAUUGGUUAUGGCCAAAUCCCGAGUUGCGCCUCUCAAGAAACUUACCUUACCACAGCUCGAGUUAAUGGCAGCUGUACUUGGUGCAAGACUGUCUUCAUACCUCCAAGCCCAUUUACAAGCGCCCGACGUUUACCUCUGGUCGGAUAGUCAAAUAGUCCUCCACUGGUUGUCCUCUAAGCAAGAAUUAAAGCGAUUCGUCCACAACCGCGUCACCGAAAUCCAGUCGUUCACAGAAACUGCCUCAUGGAACUAUUGUCCAACUGGGGAUAAUCCCGCUGACCUUCUAACCAGAGGAAUGCAGACUGGUGAACUAUCCACAUCCACUCUCUGGUCUCGUGGUCCUUCGUGGCUAAAUACAAAGAAGAACUGGCCCAGCUGGAAUUCCAAAUCUGUUCUCCUCCAGUGCACUGCAGCAGAACAACUCGAAGCCAUCUCCACCAUUACUAGUGAACCAACAAACAACCCAACUAACGUACCUGAACCUAAACAUGGAAUUGCCAAAAUUAUCAAUCUGUCUGCUUAUAGUAACCUCCAUAAGCUAGUACGAGUCACAGCGUGGGUUCUACGCUUCGUCGAUAACCUGAAGAAGAGAACUCAUUCUGGUCCAUUAUCUGUCACUGAACUAGAUUCUGCUCUAAUGUUUUGGAUUGUUGAUUGUCAAUCUGUUGUGUAUUCAAACGAACUUGUCAACCUACAGUCGAAGACAUCUAACCGAUUAUCAUUGGUCAGACAACUUCGCCUAUUUCUCGCCGAAGGCAUCAUCUGCUGUGGUGGAAGAAUACAUAAUGCGCCUCUUCAAGAAUCUGCUAAGCUCCCCAUUCUCCUCCCACGAAACCAUCACCUUACACAGUUGAUUGUGGAGGAUGCACACAGAGCAACCCUUCACUCUGGACAAAACUCUACCCUUACCCACCUCCGUCAAAGAUAUUGGAUACCUGCUGCCAUACAAUACAUUAAGAAGAUCAUCCGUCGUUGUGUAACGUGCCUCAAAACUACAGGCAAACCAUACACGAUACCAGACCCACCACCACUUCCAACAACUCGAACAAAUGAUUCACCCCCAUUCACCAUUACUGGGGUCGAUUUUACAGGCGAAAUCUACGUGAAAUCAACCAACGGUCGAUCGAAGGUGUAUAUCUGCCUGUUCACUUGUGCAAGUACUCGUGCCGUUCACCUUGAAGUCGUGACCGAACUAACAGUUCCGACCUUUAUUGAAGCUUUCCGUCGAUUUGCAAGCCGCAAGUCACUGCCAAAAGUCUUAAUAUCUGACAACGCCUCCACCUACCAGUCCGCUGCAGAAGAGUUGUUGAAGCUCCUGAAAUCCCCACUCCUCGAGACACAUCUUAGCAAUCGUGCCGUACAAUGGAGAUUCAUCCCCAAACGUGCUCCAUGGUACGGUGGAUUUUGGGAACGACUCAUCGGUCUGACGAAGAUUACCCUUAAAAGAGUCUUGGGAAGAGCCUCUGUUCAGCUGUCCGAACUUCAAACGAUUGUUGUGGAAAUUGAAGCAAUACUAAACGACCGUCCACUUACAUUCGUAUCCUCCAACAUCGAAGACGAACAACCCCUGACACCUUUCCAUCUACUCUAUGGUCGCAGAAUAACGGCAUUACCCCACCCACUGAUAGAAGAGGAGGAAUGGUCUGAUUCCACCUUCAACGAAGACCCCACACUUGUACAACACCUUGCGAAUAUUAGAGCUAACCUCAUUCAUCAUUUCUGGAAUCGUUGGCGACACGAGUAUUUAACGUCCCUUCGAGAAUUUCAUAAGGCAAGUGGAAAAAACGAGAUUACCACAAAAAUUGGUGACGUUGUACAAGUCCAUGAUGAUACGAAACGUAUCAACUGGAGAUUAGCUGUGGUUGAAAGUCUCAUCACUGGCAACGAUGGAUUGGUUCGAGCAGCCAACAUCAGAACCAGUACCGGCCGUAUUAACCGUCCAAUUGCCAUCUGUAUCCAUUAGAGGUUAGAGCUACAACCUCCUUUGGUAUUUGUCCCACAACUGACGAACCAAGUGACGAGAAAGAUCAACCAUCCGAGAACCCGCCACAGAGAGAGAAACGAUCAGCAGCAGUAGCAGCAAAGAAGAAAAUUAAAGGCUGGACAUCCUCAUUGUUGUGCCCCCCGGAGGAUGUCGUGAAAUAGCGACAGACGCUAAAACACUAAUGACUUUAAUAUAAUCAUAUAGAUAUUGAAUUACGCGCUUGUCUUUGGAUAACACAGAUCUAGAACAUGUCAAUGUACAAAUAUUAGUAAUCACUCAUACUCGAACUUGAUUGGUUAGAAUAAUUUGCUUAGGGGUAAAAUUACAUUCGUGCUUUGGACUACAGCAAUACAGAUCUUUUUCAAUACCUAUCAGAAUCACUGACACUACUGGAAAGUCUUUUUCCAGGCUGUGGCUAAUGACUUUAAUAUAAUCAUAUAGAUAUUGAAUUACGCGCUUGUCUUUGGAUAACACAGAUCAAGAACAUGUCAAUGUACAAAUAUUAGUAAUCACUCAUACUCGAACUUGAUUGGUUAGAAUAAUUUGCUUAGGGGUAAAAUUACAUUCGUGCUUUGGACUACAGCAAUACAGAUCUUUUUCAAUACCUAUCAGAAUCACUGACACUACUGGAAAGUCUUUUUCCAGGCUGUGGAAUUAUUAUUGCUGGUGAUUUUAACCACUUUGACACUAAAGAUCUUUGCCGAGAUUUUCAGUUAAAACAAUUGGUUGAUAAACCAACUCGUGGUGCCAAGAUUUUGGAUCUUAUACUUACAAACAUGCAUAAAUUUUACGAUGUACAACCAGCCAUGGUUUUCCCUCCUUUCGGAUUAUCAGACCAUAAUGUGAUAAUGGUUCAGCCCAAAGUUAAAACAUCAUCAGAAACCCCAAGUAGAAAGACAGUAAUAAAAAGAGACAUUCGUCAAUCACGCAAAAAAGAACUUGGUCGAUAUCUGAGUAACUUUGACUGGCAACUUAUCGAUUCCUCCGAACCGUGCGAUAAAAAUUGUGAUAUCUUAUGCUGCGCAAUAAUGACGGGUUAUGACAUCCUUAUGCCUGAGAAACACGUUAAAUUCCAUCGCAACGACAACCCAUGGAUAACCGAAAAAUUGAAACAGCUGAUCAAGUUUCGACAACGUGCGUUUUCAUCUAAUAACACAACUCUUUUCAAAUUCUACCGAAAUAAAGUGAAUAGAAUGAGAAAAUCUUGCCGGGCAGACUAUUUUGCUUCAAAAGUUGCUAAUCUGAAAAAGUCUAACCCCAAAUCUUGGUGGACAGAGGUUAAACGUAUCUCCGGUAUGAGACCUGUAUCUGGCAGUUUGCUUAACCAACUUCAUGUCGAAGAUACAGAACAUUUAACACACAAAGGUUUUGCAGAUUUAAUUAACAAAAGCCUAAUAGAACCAAUGAAUACUUAUGAUCCCUUAAAUGUCACAGAUUUUAACACCUUGUUUGAGGAGAUUCCUGAUUAUCCGUUAGAUGUAAACAUGAAUUUGACAAAUACUGCAUCGGUCUUGAAAAAACUGAAAAGCUUGAACCCGCAUAAAGCUCCGGGCCCUGAUGAUAUCCCCAAUUGGAUUCUUCGUGAUUAUGCCGAAAUCCUUGCUCCCUCUGUAUCGGACUUAUUGAAUUCGUCCUACAAGCAAAAAAGACUGCCCUCAUGCUGGAAACAAGCUAACAUUACACCUAUUCCGAAAGAGAAACCUGUUAAAGACAUAAGCAAACAGCUCCGACCUAUUUCGUUAACUCCGGUUCUGUCUAAACUUGCAGAAGAGUUUGUUGUUGAAAACUAUAUCGCUCCAGCAGUGUUGUCGUCAAUUGAUCCUUUUCAAUUUGGUGGCAUCCCUCGAUCAUCUGCUACAAAAGCCUUAAUUUCUAUGGUUCAUGCGUGGACUCAAGCCACAGAUGGAACUGGAAACGCUGUAAGAGUGGUUCUUUUUGAUUAUAAAAAGGCCUUCGACUUGAUUGAUCAUAAGAUCUUAGCCACGAAAAUCAUCCAAUUGCCAAUGCCAAAUUUCAUUAAGCGGUGGGUAAUUGACUUUCUGAUGAACAGGCAACAACGGGUGAAACUUGCAAGAGACUGUAUGUCUGAAUGGAUUGACAUUCCUUCCGGUGUCCCUCAAGGAACCAAAUUGGGACCUUGGUUAUUCAUCCUAAUGAUAAAUGACCUACGCCCCCCACAUCAUGAGCGAUGGAAAUACAUCGAUGAUGCUACGGUAUCUGAAAUCAUUUACAUCAACACACCCAGUAAAAUUCAAGAUACAGUCGAUUGUGUUCAAAAUUGGUCUGUAGAAAACAAGAUGCAAUUAAAUGCCUCCAAGUGCAAGGAACUUGUUAUCAGUUUUACAAAACCUGAGAAAGAAUUUCCGCGCCUUAAGAUCAUCUCAGGCCAAAUCGAGACAGUGAACCACGCAAGAAUCCUAGGUUUGACAAUUUCUAAAGAUCUAAAAUGGAACCAACACAUAACUAACAUAGUUAAGAAGGCGAACAAACGGAUUUAUUUUAUUAUUCAGUUGAAACGUGCUCAUGUACCUGAAGCUGACAUAAUAAAUUUUUACACUACCUGCGUCAGACCAGUCAUGGAAUUCAGCUGUCAAGUUUUCCACUUCGCCCUUCCUUCCUACUUAUCUAAUGCCCUGGAACGGGUUCAAAAGCGUGUUUUAUCAAUCAUCUAUCCACUGACAGGUUAUGCGGAUUGUUUACAAAAAUCGGGCAUCAAACCAUUAAGUGACAGGCGUGUGGAUGCAUGCGAGAAACUGUUUAAUGAAAUCACCACAACACCAGUAGCUAAUAUGCAUAAUCAUGUACCAUCUAGAUACUUUCCAAAUUACGACCUUAGACACUCAAGGUCUUUUGUUGUUCCUCAGACCAAAACGAACAGAUUUAGAAACAGUUUUUUCCCUUCAUCUGCAAGGCAUAUCAAUAAUAUUAACUGACAAUCGAUUCUGAUAUUCAGUUUUAGACUGGCUAACAUUUUUUUAGAAAUUUACUAGUUUCAUAGUUAAUUUGUAAUGUAACUUUAAACUUCUGUAAUAUAGAAUUAUAAAUUGUAAUGUAAUUUUAAACUUCUGUAAAUAUAGAAUAACUAAUUUUAAUAAUUUCUCUUGUAAAAUUUGGCACGCAAUUCAGCCUUAUUGGCUGCUAUGUGUUAAUCUUAUUAAACAAACAAUCUAUCUAUCUAACAUUAUUAUUAUAUUUUUAUGUUUGUAUAUAGUCUUGAACUGGCUCGCGUUAUGGGAGUUACAAAUUGUAAUUAAGUAAAUAUAUCAUUGAAACUAUUGCGUGAAUCGUCCGUUAUUAUUCAAAACUUAUUCAUUGAAAGAACCUCCGUUUACGGUUCUCGAUUGUCGUUGAGACGCCAAUACACAACGCAAGUUAAUAAUACGCACAAACGAGAGACGAUCGAGACAGUACGAAAACUCAGCUUUUUUGCAGAGUUAGGCAUAUCAUUAAUAUAAAGUAAGAAGAGUAAUGGGCCAAGUGUAGAACCUUGUGGUACCCCACAGGUCAUUUCAAGUAGUUCAGAUUCAGUACAGCCUAUUUUCACAUACUGUUUCCUAUUACUUAAGUACACUGUAAAUUACAAGGAGUUGAAUCAAGUCCAAAAGAGUUAUUCUGUCACGAAAAACGGUGACAGAAUGUCACUUUUAGAGUUGAUUCAACUCCUUAAAAUUUACAGUGUAAUUCUUAAACCAUGUUAAAGGCUCCCCUCGAAUACCAUACUUGUCCAUUUUUGCCAAAAGUAUCUCGUGAUUUACGGUAUCGAAUGCUUUAGACAAGUCAAGAAAUAAGCCGCAUACUAUUUGAUUAUUAUCUAAAUAAUUUCUUAGGUUAUCUGUUAUUUCAAGAAUCGCUUGUUCUGUAGAAUAACAUUUUGUAAAUCCAAAUUGGUACUCAUACAAAAUUUUAUAUUUUUCAAUAAAAGAUAUUAAUUGUUCAUACAUAAGCUUUUCUAAUACUUUGCUGAAGGGUGAUAAAAUAGAUAUAGGUCUAUAAUUAAACGGAUCCGUGCAUGUACCAUUUUUAUAAAUAGGAGUAAUUCUCGAUAUUUUUAGAACGUCUGGUACAAUACCUGUUUCAAAUGAUUUAUUAUAGAUAUAAGUGAAAGGUAUUGAGAGUUGUUUCGCAACAAUUUUUAUUAAUGUAUUGGGAAUAUUAAUGCUAGCCUUGUUUGUAUUUAAAUUAGAAAAUAAUUCAGAUAUUUUUGAAGCUCGUACAGGGGAUAAUACAAAACUAGAGCUCGGACAGUUUCGAAUAUAUUUUAUUGGGGAUUCAUUAAUUUUUUCAAUUUUACUAGCCAAAUGUGGGCCAACAUUUGCAAAGUGUUGGUUAAAUUGAUUUGCUAUAUCAAUUUCCUCUGUAUAUACUUUAUUAUUUAUAACUAAUUUAGAUGGAUAUGGUUGGCUUUUAGUUUUCCUUUUUAUUAAUAUUCCUAUUAAUUUCCAUGUUGUUUUUAAGUUAUUUUUACAUUUAUUAAAAUUAUUCAGAUAAUAUUGCCUUUUACUAAGCAUUGUUAUAUAGUUUAAUUUAUUAGCAUAAAGCUUAUAUUGACUUACUUUGCUAAUAUUAUUAGAAUGGAAAUGAGUAUAGAACAUUUUUUGCUUUAUUUUUAUUGAUUUUAGAAUUCCCUUAGUUAUCCAGGGUUUGCCAAGUUGUUUCCUUAAACUUUGGGAAGCUACUUUACAUGGAGCAUGUUUAUUUACAAUUUGAUUAAUCGUAUUUAUAACACUAUUUGUUAUUUCGUUUAAGCAUUUAUCCUCAUCUAUUAAACCAUUCCAGUCAACACUAUUAAUAUCCUCAAUAUAUAGCUCAUUGUUAAAAGUACUAUAAUCUCUAUAUAAUUUUUUAGCUUUAACCCUUUUUAUUCCUGUACUUACAAUAGUAGGUUACCCCCCCCCCCAUAUAGCGACGGAAGUGAUUCAAGCGAAUGACGUCAUCAGGGGGUGUACGUCCGGGCGUACGUACUUAGCGUACGUCCAAGCGUUCGUACUUAGUGUACGUCCAGUUUUAGUAAACAUUACGUAAUUGUAUUGCACAUGUCCUGACCAAGUAUGAGUUCUUCAAGGUCGAAUAAUGUUGACGAAGUUUCGCCUAUGGAAUUUCGGAAGCUAUGCAAUUUGUUAGAGACAAUAUUUGCACAAACUGUUUCUUGCGAGGUUUAUGAGCUUUUCGAAGAGAGGUGUUGUGGUUGUAAACUAAAUCGCUUUAGUCAGAGUGAGUGUCUUAUGUUAUCGUAUGAGGAGAGAUCGCAGAUGUAUGAUUUGGAAGCCAUAGAGCGAGUUAGCAAAAAAGACGUGGUAUGGAAUAAGUUUGUUGAGGUGACCAAAGUUUUAGAGCUUCAGUGGGAUGAAAACGUGUUUGAAUAUUGGAAUCAAUUGAGGAGAGACCCCAUGUAUGUUAAAUCAAUGAUGAGUUUGGAGAACAGUGAGAUGCUGAGUAUUCUAGACCAACUUUCUAACUGCAAAGAGGAUUGUUGUGAUGACCCACUUGAACCUGGGGCUAUGGUCUUUUUCUCAAUGCCCCCUAGUUUUAAGUAUACUGUGAAAGCGACAGGCGAGCAAUUUAGAAGUCAUGAAGAAGAUCAUCAUAAAGCAUAUGUGGAAUAUUUGAGAAGUAAACUUUGAGAUUCAGUGUAAAUAUGUUAAUAAUCGAGUUUCGUUUUUAUUCUUUUUAUAAAUUUGGUGGUUCUUAAAAGAACCGGUGUUUUGGGUUUGUCUUUACUGUUGCAGCCACAUCGCAAAAGCCUCUACUUCCACUUUUGCGCAGUGUUGGUAAGCGUUGCUUUCCAGGUGAUUCCCGCAGGUUUCUAACCAGAUCAAUUGAUCAAAUAGUUUUUCAGCUUUGGGACAAUUAAAGCAUUCCAAAUUUACGGCCGGAAUACGGAGACUCGCCAGCAAAUCCCUUUCGUAAUGUCCGCCUUUGAAGGCAAUUGAAGAGUUUGAAUCUAUCUGUAUUUCACGGUAGAAAUUCUCUACAAUUGCCUGCAAGUCCGAAAUUUGAAAUGCUUUAGUGCCCCGUGGCACUCCAAACGGGAGUCUAUGUAUAUUCUUCUGGACGAAGUUACACGUUCUCUUGUCUUUGUCGUUGAGCUCGUUCCAGUGUAAGCCAAUAUCGAAAAAGAACGACGAGGCUUCAGAGUCUCCGACCUUUAUGACUCCCAACUCCUUACAGAAAAAUUUCUUUCCAAUUUGAAAUCCGUCCAUGUCAAGGAUCCCGACGAUGUCUGCUUUACACUGCAUGUUGACUGAUUGAUUGUGAUGUGAGUUAUUCGGCCGCUUUUUAUUUGAAUGUCAAUAACAACGUACGAACAGUUUUGUACGAACAGAGCCGUACGUACGCUUUGUAGUGCGUGCGCUUUAUUGCACGAAUAAUUAGUACUUAGGACACUGUGCGUGAGAAACUUUUAUGUAUAAACGUUGAAUAUAUUGUGUAUAACGUUAUACAUUGUUUAUUGAUGUAAGGUUGUUACUUUAAGAAAUAAAUUGUUUAAAGCAUAAUUUUGUGUAUUAGUUUAUGCGUGAAUUAGAUUGUUUAUUGUGAUUUAUUCGGCCGCUUUUUACUUGAAUGUCAAUAACAACGAACAAACAGUUUUGUACGCCGAACAAUUGAGUGCGAACAGAGCCGUACGUACGCUUUGUAGUGCGUACGCUUUAUUGCACGAAUAAUUAGUACUUAGGACAUUGUGCGUGAGACACUUUUAUGUGUAAACGUUUAAUAUAUUGUGUAUAGUGUUAUACAUUGUUUAUUGAUGUAAGGUUGUUACUUUAAGAAAUAAAUUAAAGCAUAAUUUUGUGUAUUAGUUUAUGCCUGAAUUAGAUAGUUUAAAACAUUAAUUUGUGUUCUUGCGUGCGAUAUAACUGUCGCGUUGGUACAAAGGUUAAUCCAUGUGUUAAUUGAUGCGUGUAGUCAACCAGGACGCUGUAGCUUUGGCAAUAAUAUUUUGCUCUUAAAAUCAGUAGGAAAACGUGUUACUCCUUUAUCUCCGUUUUGAGCACGCAGCGAAACAUUUUUGAAACUUAGGAAACGGAUCAAGCACCGACUCUUCAUGAACUUGGGGAGUUCAGGCUUUUGCUUUGAGGCUAUAUAAAUUUUGUUUAAAGCAUAACUUUCUGUGUUAGUUUAUGUGUGAAUUUUAGGAUGUUUAAAACACUGUGUGUUAGUGUAUGCGUGUGUCUUAGCGAUGUAAAUCCAGAGGGAGCGUGCAUGUAUACAAGAUGUGAAUGCAUGAACAUCGAGUUUCGUACAAUAUUCUUUUUGUAAAAGUAGUGGCUCUUAAAAGAGCCGAUGUUUUUACUUCUUCUUUUUACCAUUCAAACCCUGUGAAGUCAACAUCUAGAAGAUCAUCAAUAUCUACCACUGCCCAGCUGCUCGUCUCCGGUUGUUUCUCUUCGACCACUGACUCUAUGGCUGUUUCCUCUUGCUCACGACGCUGCCGUUUUGCUUUGAAUUCUUGCACUAGUGGCAUGUUAUUUUGAGUGGCAUACUCAUAGAAUUCCUUAUAUCUUUCGAAUUCACUUUUUCUUUUCCUACGAUUCCUUCGUGAGCGCUCGGCUUCUUUUUGUUUCUUCUCCAUGGCAAGUACUAGCCUUAAUGCCCUGUUCGUUCUCUUUAAUUGAUUCAAGGCACUAAUUGAGUUUUCUUCCUGUUUGUGCCCCCGCGCAGUGUGGCGUCGCACGGAAAGGUCGCACGCAAAUUGAGGUCGUACGCGUACGAACAUGAUGUGUGCGUGAUUCAACUCGCUUUACACUACGUUUAGGGGGGCCCGCUGUACACUAGGUUUAUCGUCAAUAAACAUCAAGUAUAAAUCGGCUCGAAAAAUAUAGCUUGACGUACUCUUUACACUGCUUUCACAGAGAAAACAUCACCAAGUAUUUGAUCUAUUAGUAUGAAUGUGACUGAGAAAAUUAGCGAAGCCCAAACCGUGGCUGAGCUCACGGCUUUGGAAAGUCUACAUACUUUAAAUGAAUUUGAGCGGGACUUAGUAUUCGAGAGAAAAAUCGAAAUUAUUAGCCGUUUGCUAGAAUGGGGAGCGGAAAACGAACGAGUUGGGCUUACUGCAAACCUUUCGGAUUCUUGGACGCCGGAGCAGAGACAACAGUUUAUGAUGGAUUGGCAAGACGACGAGCCUUUGCUGCAGAACGAGCGAUUAGGACUCGCCUCGGGCUUGAUGAAUUCUUGGACAGUUGAACAACGAGAGAAUUUUAUGACGGAUUGGCAGGACGAUGAACCCUUAUUACAAGUUGGUCGAGGACAGAAAAGAUCCAACGAUGAAGGGAAUGACGGUGCAGGAACAUCUGAACAGGUUAGCGAUAACUUUUUUACCGUAUCGAAUGUUAAGCAAGUUAAAGUGAAAAAGUUCAGCACGACUGGUAUGGAUUAUACAGUUCAAAUUAUGGACACGUUUGCUCAUUUGGAACUUUCUCAAUACCACGACCGUCUUCAUGAAAUAUUUGAAAGUUUAUUGAAUACCGUCACGCAAGAUAUUCCUAUGCAAGAUCAAGUUCGUUUUGUGUUGCGAUCGCCUCAACUAGAAACCCCUAUUUCUCUUCCUUUCUUGCCUCGUCAACGUCUUACAACUGAGCGGAUUUUAGCUGAAAUUGAGCGUGUGAUUCAAUCUAAUCAUGAAUUUCGUUUGAAUGAUAGUGUCAAUGUCAAUUUAAUUCAUGUUGAAAUGCCCAAUGGCGGUACGGGUACGAAGCGAAGUGAAAUUAACUUGGAAAAGCACUUGAUUAACAAAAGAUCAAUUAUGCGCAUUCAAAAUAAGGACGACAUUUGUUUAGCUAGGGCGUUAGUCGUCUCCAUAGCCAAAAUUGAAAACGAUAGUCGGUAUUAUCAUAUAAAAGAUUAUCGGAAACCACUGCAAGCACGUUUAGCUCGAGAUUUGCACCAAAAAGCCGGGGUUGAAAUAGGUUCUUGCGGUUUAGAUGAAGUCAAACUUUUUCAAACGUAUUUAUCGGAUUAUCAACUCAAUAUCGUUUCAAAAGAACAUCAAAAUUCUAUAAUUUUUUCCGGUCCCGAAAAAGACAAAAUGAUUUAUUUGUUUUUGCAUGACAAUCACUAUGAUGUGAUUACGAGUAUGCCGGCCUUUUUUGUCAGAAAACGCUAUUGUCACACCUGUAAGAAAGGAUAUGAUAAAGUUAUUGAUCAUUUAUGUUCUGACUUUUGUAAAUUGUGUCGUUUUCCAAAUUGUCCAAUUGUUUCGUGGAUUGGCUGUGUUGAUUGUAAGCGAAAUUUUAAAAGUGAGGCUUGUUUGAAUAGGCAUAAGGAAACCAUUGGAAACGCUAAGUCUGUUUGUGCUUCAUUAGUUAAAUGUUCAAAGUGUCAAAAGAUUGUAAAACGGAAUAGGAUGAGGCCUGAAUUGCAUAACUGCGGACUUGUUUGUUGCGCUGUGUGUAGCAAGUACGUCCACGCCGAGAAUCAUCAGUGUUAUAUGCAACCUGUGAAAGAGAGAAACGCAACUGUCAGCGAGGACACUGACCUUCUCGACACCGAAGCCGAUGAAAACGAUUCCCCUAAAAGUGGUUAUGACCAGUUACUGUUUUUUGAUUUCGAGUGUCGCCAGGAGAACGGUAAUCACGAACCCAAUUUGUGCGUGAUUCAAAACGAGGCCGGUGACGAGUGGGUGUUUGAAGGGGACAAUACGCGCAAUGACUUUUGUGAAUGGUUGUUUACAAAGGAGCAUGCAGGGUGUAUCGUUUUGGCACACAACUUCCAAGGUUAUGACAGCUAUUUCAUUCUCCAGUAUUUACAUCAGAACGGCGUAAUUCCCGAUGUGAUUAUGCGAGGUGCAAAGGUCCUUACGUUAUCGGUGCCAAUGUUUAACAUUAAAUUCAUUGACUCGUUAAGCUUCAUACCUAUGAGACUGGCUGACUUCCCCACAACCUUUGGACUGGACGAACUUGCAAAAGGAUACUUCCCUCAUUUGUUCAACAGAAAGGAGAACGAGAAUUAUGUUGGACCCAUACCCCCGAGUCCAUUUUACAAUCCUGGUAGCAUGAGUCCUGAAGAGAAGGAAAAGUUCAUGGCAUGGCAUAAGAAGUUGAAAGAGGAGAAUUACGUGUUUGAUUUCCAGCAAGAAAUUCUAGGUUAUUGUCGGUCUGAUGUGGAUAUCCUUCGCCGCUGUUGCCUUGAAUUUCGCGAAAUGUUUCGUGAUAUUACAGGUAUCGACCCGUUUGAGAAAUGCUUAACUAUUGCAUCGGCCUGUAACCUUGUGUUCCGAACAAAUUUCCUCCAAGAAAACACCAUAGCCAUCAUUCCCCCUCACGGUUAUCGUCCCAAAGACAAGCAAUCCCUCUUGGCUUUGAAAUGGCUUUCAUAUAAAGCUGAAAAAGAAGACAUCCACAUUCAGCAUGCACGUAAUGCAGGAGAGAAACGUGUUGGCAAUUACCUACUGGAUGGCUAUCACGAAGAGUCCAACACGGCCUACGAAAUCAAUGGGUGCUUCUGGCACGGUAAGUUAACUUGAAAGAAUGGGUUCCUCGUAUAAACACUACAAGCAGAAAUAGUAUUGUUUAUUUAUUUAUUUAUUUAUUUUUUUAUUUUUUUUUUACAGGGUGUUUGAAAUGCUAUGCUCGCGACACAAUAAAUUCAGUCAAUGGUAAAACGAUGCAAGAUCUUCAUCAAACUACAGUGGAGAAGAACAGUUACCUGAAAGAUCAUGGUUUUGUGGUGAUUGAAGUUUGGGAAUGCGAUAUUAAGAAAGAACUGGAACAAGAUCAAGAUAUGAAGGCUUACUUCGAUAGCUACGAUCUGGUCGAACCUUUGGAACCGCGUGAUGGCUUCUUUGGUGGGCGUACCAACGCCGCAAAGCUGUUCCAUGAGUGUAAAGAUGGUGAGAAAAUAAGGUAAAAUGUAGCAAAAAUGAUAGGAACGAUUAUGACGUCAGAGCAAAUAUAUUGAUGACGUCAUUUUUUUUCACUUAGGUAUGUGGAUUUUACGAGUCUUUACCCAUGGUGCAACAAAAUGACGCGGACAGUUGUUGGCCAUCCCCGCAUCAUCACAGAAAAUUUUGAUGACAUUUCGACCUAUUUUGGCAUGAUCAAGUGUACCGUUCUACCCCCUCGUGGUCUUUUCCAUCCAGUCUUACCUUAUCGAACUCAGGGCAAGUUGAUGUUCCCCCUCUGCAAGUUGUGUGCCGAUACGUGUAAUCAGACCUCAUGUACCCAUUCCGACAACGAAAGAGCCAUUCAAGGAACGUGGUGUAGCGUAGAGUUGGAGAAAGCAUUGGAGAAAGGCUACCAAGUCCUGCAACUCCACGAGGUAUGGCAUUUCCCUCAACAAUCGGAUGAAUUGUUCAAAGACUACGUGAAUACAUUCCUUAAAAUCAAACAAGAGGCCAGUGGUUACCCAAAGGACUGUACUACGGAAGAGAAGAAACAGCAGUACGUAGAAGAGUACUUGGAACGGGAAGGAAUCCAGUUGGUUCCAGCCAAGAUUGAGUAUAAUCCUGGGUUGCGUGCCUUGGCAAAGCUGAUGCUGAACUCAUUUUGGGGUAAGUUUUAACCACUCUACGAUAACACUAGGCGCAACGUUUGCACAUGGCACUUAAUAUCGUUCAUAUCUUUUUUAGGCAAAUUUGCGCAACGACCGAACAUGACCAAAGUGGAACUGAUCAGUGACGUGCAAAAGUUUCUCGACUAUCUGACGUCCGACGAAAUCAACGUGCUCGACGCAAAUUUCGUGAGUGAAGAAGUGAUCGAGAUCCACUACGAAAACAACGAAAAUUUCAUAGCGUCAAAUUCCAAAACGAAUGUGGUCAUCGCUGCUUUUACCACCGCCUAUGCCCGACUCAAAUUGUACGAUGUGCUGGAUCAACUGAAUGAAAGAGUGUUGUACUAUGAUACGGAUUCGGUGAUAUUUGUCAGCAAACCAGGUGAAUCAGAGCCCCCGUUGGGUCCUUAUCUCGGUCAACUCACGGAUGAAUUAAAAGAAGGGCAUAUUACAACCUUCAUAUCGGGAGGACCUAAAAAUUACUGUUAUCGGACCAGUUGCAACAAAGUAGAAACAAAGAUACGCGGAAUCACAUUGAACUGCACUGCAAAACAAAAAGUGAACUUUGACGUCAUUCGCUCAUUGGUGUUUCUCUAUGCAAAAUGUAAUGUCAAGGGACAAGUAACCGUUGAUAUCCCGUUCAGGAUAACUCGGGACACAAAGACAAAAAACAUUGAAACAAAAAGAAUGAAAAAGGACUACCGUAUUGUAUAUAACAAACGUGUAAUUAUUGAUGAUUAUAAAACAUUACCCUAUGGGUAUUAACUUUGUAAAUAACAUAAACAGUUUGAAAUAAAUAUUUUAACAAGGUCGUUUGAUCUCAAAGUUAAUUUCUGAUGUUCAGUUUGUGAUAGUGAUCCAGAUUCACCCCCGUUUCUUCUUCCAGUGUCGCGACUUGCUUUUCAUUUUUUCUAGCCAAAUCCCACAUCAAAAUUUCCUUAGCGUUCAUAUGAUAGGUAAAGUUGUUCCCCUGAGGGGCCCGAGGUACUGUUACACCCGUUAAUGUUUCCAAUAUGAUUUGCGUCAACAUGAUUGAGUGCAAUGUCGGAUUGUCAAUAAGCGUUGCGGGUAUCGUAUUCUUCUCUAUCAAAAGCUUCAUCAAAUCCAAAGUUGCCAAAUUUCCAUCUUGCGUUAAGAAUUUGUCCGAAAGCCAAUGAGUUACGAUGUCUCUCCAAGCCAUGUUGCUUCUAACAAAUGCUUGUUUGAUCUGAUCAAAAAUUUUAAAAGGUACUGAGUUUUUAUAGAUCUGGUUCACAUGACAAUUUGCAUAGUGUCGACGCUAUACGUUUUUAUAGGUUACAAUAACUGAAAGAUCUCGUGUUUCAACGCCCGUCUGUGUUCCACGCAAAAAACGGUUUUCCAAUUGUCCGCAUUAUACUUGAUCAAUUCGUGCACUUUCAUUUUGCUCAAACUUAAUUCUAGUAAAAGCUUCAAUGACUUUCGUUUCCGAAGCCUUUUCCAAAGCAUAGUCAAAGUACAAACAUAAUAGUUCAUCCCUUUCCAUCGUAAGACAUUGAUGAUGCGUUUGGGACAGAUGCUCUGUCAUGCAUCCGUUACAAUUUUCAACAACGAGCUGGGAGAUGAUAGGAGCUAUUUCUUCAGCCGAAAUUUUCAAAAGUUUCUUUACGACAAGUUUUUGGCGAAGAUGGAGAACUAAUUCCAUAUUAUCAAUGUCGAUAGACUCAGCACGAAACAUGUUUGAUCUUCACUUGACUGUUGACUGUUUCUUUUAAGUGCAAAACGUUUAAAGUCGGACGUACCUAUAAAAGUCUUUUCAUAAUAGACACACUGCCAGCAAAAAUCCGAAGAUUAACAAAGAUCAUAAUAAACAGAAAAUGUUUAGAAUCGGUAUAAGUGUUGGACGAAAUGAUCUCAAUGUUGAGGGACAUUUACAGGCGGGAUACAGCAGUAAAACGAUUAAAAACUACAAACCUGUUGAAAAUACUUUAACAAGGGACAAACCCCUUGAAAAUACGUUGCCAAAGGAUGAUAGCAUUCAAAACGUUGAAGAAUAAAGCAAAUCCUUCAUUUCACGUGUGAACAUGGACGAAUACCUAUCUAGAGUCUAUUACGAUCCAAAACGUCCUGGAGGAUUUGGCGGAGUGGAUCGUUUGUAUGAUGACGUCAAAAAGGAAGGAAAGUUUGCGAUAAGUCGUAAGAAAAUUAAUGAAUGGCUGAUGAAACAGGAUGCGUAUACGUUACAUAAAUCUAUGCGUCGUCACUUCAGACGAAAUCGCGUCAUCGUAGGCGGUAUCGAUCAGCAAUGGCAAAUGGAUCUGGCAGACAUGCAGUCCAUGCAAAAAUUUAAUGACGGUUACCGUUAUCUGCUCGUGUGCAUCGAUGUCUUUUCCAAAUAUGCAUGGGUAGUCCCGUUGAAAAACAAAACGGGUCCAACACUGGUCGAAGCUUUCAAAGUCAUUUUGGCGUCUGGACGCAAACCCGAAAAGAUCAUGACCGAUCAAGGAACAGAGUUUUUAAACAAACAUUUUCGAGCGUUGAUGAAAGAAGAAGACAUCGAGCUGUACAAUACGUACAACGAAACGAAAGCUUCUAUCGUAGAACGUCUCAUUCGUACUCUGAAGACUAAAAUGUGGCGUUAUUUUACGGCCAAGAAAACCAUGAGAUACGUGGACAUGUUACCCGAUUUGGUCUAUUCCUACAAUCAUAGUGUUCACCGUAGCAUAAAGACAAAACCCGCGGAAGUAACUACUGAAAACGAAAAGAAAGUGUGGCACACUCUGUAUGAUCAUGACGCCGUGAGAAAUGUAAAGUACAAGUUUAAAAUUGGUGAUCAAGUUACAAUUAGCAAGAUGAAACGAACGUUCGAAAAAGGGUACUUGCCCAAUUUCUCAAAAGAGAUCUUUAUUAUAAGCAAGCAAAUACCUCGCGAUCCUCCAGUGUACAAACUAAAGGAUCUGGACGGUGAAGAACUCAAAGGAACGUUUUACGAACAAGAGCUGCAAAAGGUGAUCAAAGAAGAUGACGUAUACGAAAUUGAGAAAAUCUUGAAGAAACGUGGACGUGGCAAUAACGUACAUUAUCUUGUAAAAUGGUUAGGGUACCCAAAUAAAUUUAAUUCAUGGGUAUCUGCUUCUGAAAUAAAUACGAUUUAA